GCUUUAUCCAGUAGGUGGCAGGCAAGGCGUCUCCCGGUUCAGUGCGCAGCUCUCUCUGAUGAAGAAGAAGAAGAAGAAGCAUCUAGGCGUCCCCCCUUGCCCCUUCUGCGCGCUGAUUUACACGACGUAAGCUUUGUCUCUCCAACAUCCUUUUGUAGCCUCUGCGCUAUCAAACCAUCACUGACCACUAAGACACCCAGUCAUGGCUGCCGAACCUAAUUAUCGACGAACAAAACCUGGUGUUAGGACAGCUAACAUUGCUAAUUCAAAUGGAGCUGCUGGGCCCUCGUCACAGAUUCCAGGCUUAUCUGCAUCUGCCGACAUCACUCCUGAGGAAAAAACGAAAGGAAGACGUGUAGGAAUUCAGGCCUCCGACUCGGAUUAUGUUAAACUUGCAAAACAAGGAGGACAGAAGGGUUUGUUGAGGCAUGAUGACCCUGUGGAAGCUAGACCUUACUGUUGCUACAAACCCGCUAGUUGGUUCUCUGACACAGCUGAUGAUCAAGAGAGCGGAAGUAAUGCUACUACCCCUGAUGGAAUCAGCAAGUCUAAAGGGGUCUUACAACACCUGGAGGCCCCAUUUGGAACUGAUAACUGUUCAGCCUGGGAUGCUGGUAAAAAGGAUGCCAGCCAUGCAACAUCGGAGAUGCAGAAACUCUCCCUAAGCCAAACCGAGAUUGCAGAAGCCAACAAGUUCAAGAAGAUUUCCCAUGAUAAGAAGGCGACAGCUCCAGUGAACAUGUCCAAACUUUUAAGUUUUGGUUAUGUUGAGGAAGAGAAUAAAUCUCUCGAUGAUGAUGCUUCAAGCAUUACUUCUGAGCAGACCAGCACCAUUGCACCAGAGGAUGAACUGGAAUAAAGAUGAUGUCCCCAAAAACCCUUCUUCAUGAAUUGUUGUUCUCUCGUAUCCACUAGCUCCUCUGCAUCAGUCACCCGCUAUCUGCUUUAUGCAAAAACACAUUUAGAUAUCUGUACCCCUAGAAGGAAAGGAUAUUUGUAAAGUGCAAACCAGCUGUUUCUCACCUCACAUUGUCAAUGGAUAUGACAAAAUGUGUAAGCUGCAAACUCUUUAUUACACACUCCAUGUCUGUAAGGAUCUGGUUUGAACACUUUGGGGGUGUUCUUAUGGUCCAGUAGUUAUCUAGUUGAGUGCAUGAUGAGCACACAAGAAGGUUACCUUAAAAUGAAUGACGCAGAUGCCAUUGGUAGGGAUUUGAGAACCGGAAGGGGGUUCGGGGAGUUCGCGAUUGUGAAUGUCUGUUGUUAGUAUUGAUGUGAUCGUAAAUAAUAAUCACAGAUUCAGUUGUUUUUGGUGUUCUAUGCUGUUUAAUUUGAAUGUUUCUUCCUUCUGAAAACAAUGUUUACACUUGCUGUCAGUUCACAUGUAUUAAUGAUAACUGAAUAAAUUUGCAUGUGCAUAAAA